AUGGCUCGCCUUCUCGUUCUUCUGGCGGUCAUCGCCGCCGUCUGGGUAGGGGCUGCCGCAGCGAUCCUGCCGUGCGAGAGGAUGACGCAGAUGAUCGUACCCUGCGCUCCGUACUUGACGAGCCAUGUGGCCGUUCCGGGAGUCGGGUGCUGCAAUGGCGUGCGCGCCCUGCCGGGGAUCGCCCAGACCCACAAGGACCGGGUGGUCAUCUGCAAAUGCCUCAAGAUCGUCGCCGGCCACUUCCCCGGGAUCGACAACAAGCGUGCCAUGGGUCUCCCGCGCCUGUGCGGCGUCCGCCUCAACUUCUCCUUCUCCCCCUCCACCGACUGCGACAAGUGA